UUCAUUUCCCAUAGUGCUUCUGUGUCACUGUGCGUAGUCUAAGGGACGGCUAGCAAAUGAAACGUAGUUAGCUCUCUCUUUCAAUUGUUCAUUAUAAAUAUUUUCGAUCUCGAACAACACUGCGACCAUGAGUUAAGUUGUCGCUUACUAAACGGAGGGAGGCCCAUCGAUGCCAAGGGGGAAUGCGGAGCUGGACCUGGUUCCUCCUCAGAGUCAUGCGGUUGUUCCUGCGGUGGCUCCGGCUGUGUGCUUGGCGAGGCCGCAGUAAGCCCUCCAAGAAGCUGGGGGAGGUCUGGAGCUACAGCAGGCUGCUGCUCCGCUCUCUCUAUUUCAACAGCCUCACCAACUCAGAUGUGGUCCUGGAUUCACUGUUUGAGCCUGUGUACUGGCUGGUGGACAAUCUGACUCGUUGGUUUGGGGUGGUUUUUGUGUGCUUGGUGAUAGUGCUCACCACCUCCAUCCUGAUCAUUGUCUACUCCUGCUUGCUGCCCGUGGUCGUCUCCACCUACCCCAUGCCCUGGGUGGUGUGGCACUUGUGCUACGGGCACUGGAAUCUGGUGAUGGUCAUCUUCCACUACUACAAGGCCACCACUACCCCUCCUGGCUACCCUCCGCAGACUAAAUGUGACACGCCAUCAGUGUCCAUCUGCAAGAAAUGCAUCGUCCCCAAACCUCCCAGGACUCACCACUGCAGCAUCUGCAACAGGUGUAUACUGAAGAUGGAUCAUCAUUGUCCCUGGCUGAAUAACUGUGUCGGUCACUUCAACCACCGAUACUUCUUCUCCUUCUGCCUCUUCAUGACACUGGGCUGUGUGUACUGCAGCAUCAGCAGCCGAGAGAUGUUCAUUGACGCCUACACUGCCAUCGAGAACUUCAGAAGUGUGGACGAGGAGCCCCAGGGGGUUGUGGUGACGGGGGUGGGGCUGCUGGUCUAUAGCGUCCUGCCCCCAGAACUGGUGACCGGGCAGAGCUAUUACCAGACUCCACCACCUCCUUUUACCUUCAAGGACAAGAUGUUUCAUAAGAGCGUCAUUUACCUGUGGGUUCUAACAAGCUCGGUGGCGAUAGCUCUGGGAGGCCUGACCCUGUGGCACGCCGUGCUCAUCACCCGGGGUGAGACCAGCAUCGAGAGGCACAUCAACUGCAAAGAGGCUCAACGUUUGAAGGCAAAGGGGAAGGUUUUCCGAAACGUGCAUCACUUUGGGAGAAUAAACAACUGGAAGGUGUUGUUUGGUGUGGAGAAGAGGAGCCAUUGGCUGACCCGAGUUCUCCUCCCCUCUGGCCACGCCCCCUAUGGAGACGGGCUGACAUGGGAUUGGUCGCCUCACAGAAGAGAUAUGGUGGCUAUCUGACCCCUGGAGGCCAUGACAAAGGACGGGCACAACUACCGGGCAUUGAGCCACAUGACACUUGGGCUGGACAGCAUCCCUAGGGGUCCUGGGUUUUGGACAGGGGUGUGGCAACCCCACACAACCCGGACCUGCCCGGCCCCGUCCGCUUGAGCCGACAGUCCACCAAAAUAUUUCCCACGUCCCACGCGACGUUCUGACAAAUGUGUCAUGUGGAUGUGUCUUUGUAAGUCGAUGUGAGGCGUUGUCCUCUGUAGCGUCAGCCUAAAGGGAGAACGGACAGAGGGGACUUUCUUGGAAAGACCCCAAGUGGCUUCACUGAGAGAGGGCUCCAUUGAAAACCGCGAAGAGGCACUCGAAGCCGUCGUUCUUCUCCACCUGCGGUGGCGACUGCCAAGCCUCCAGUCAGAACAUGUCUUUUUUGGGUUGCCAUGGUGA